AUGGGAAUAGGAGAGGCAACUUCAUCAGCUACGAGUAGAAGGAGCCAGAACUCAAGAUCGAAAGCGGGAUCAUGGGCAAGACGUACAAGGAACACAGUUCAGAAUCACAAAAAAGUGAGCCGAAGUGAGGUAGAAGGGGCUGAUCCUUCGGCCAAACGGAAGGCUACAGGGUCGUCGGAGCUUUCCUCCAAACUUUCCAAAAAUGCUGCAGGUUUGAUGGUUCACCAGAAACCAUCCAGUAAGGAUAUAUGA